UUCUACYGUCAUUAUCGUUGCAGAACCUGGAGAGAAAGGAGAAGGAUUGUAGAGACUGGAAAAGAUUUGCACAGACUGAAAAGACAAAAUAUGAGUCAAAGCAGCAAGAAUUCAUCUUUUGAUUCGGAGGAMGAAAAAGACCAAGAUUUGAUAGGAGGAGAGAAACAGAAGCUCCGAGACAUCAUGGARGAAGUCAAAAGGAUGUCAUUUGAGAACAAUUCACUCAGAAAAGCAAAUGAGGAAUUAAAAAUUGGAGUUUUAAACUUGGAAGAAGCAGCAUUUCAAAAAGAUAAACUUAUUCAGGAGAAUGAUGAGGAAUUCAAAAAUCUGGUUGAAAUAAACAGAACAUUAGAAGAGGAUAAUGCCACCAUGGUGAAGAAAAACAAAGACAUUGACAAGCAAAUUGCUGCCCUGGAGGAGAAAUUCAGGGAUCUGGAACAAGUCAACGCCAACCUUAAGCUACAAACAAACACUAUGGAGGAGGAAAAUCAGGCAAACCCUGAGAAAUUAAACACCACGCUCAAGGAGAAAAACAACACCCUGAAGGAGGAAAACACCGCCCUGAAGGAGGAAAACACCGCCCUGAAGGAGGAAAACACCGCCCUGAAGGAGAAAAACAUCGCCCUGGAGAAUAAAACCACCACCCUGCAGCAGGAAAAUUCUGUCUUUGAGCAGGCAAACCACCUCCUGGAGAAGGACAACAAAAAAUUGGAGAGUUAUGUGGAAAAGAUUAACAAAAGGCUGAAGGAAUUAGGGGAACAGGAAAAAAGGCAGCCAUCUGAUGACAAAACCCACAAAGACAGCCAGUGGGUUUCAGACCAGCCAGAGAAGAAGCCACAUCUAUUCAGACGUGCGAUCGGAGGCAUCGGCAAUACAUUUCUGAAAAUGUAUCAAACAGGCACUCUAAGGGUUGUUGGUAUCAUGUGGACCCAAAUCACCUCCAACUGUCCUGAAACUGUCACACCAGCUUCUCCUUUGUUCUCUGAAUUCAGAGAAAAACUCUGUUUGAGGGAUUUCAGAGACAGACACGGCACAUGUUGGUGCCACGGGUCCCGUGUCGUUCAGCCUCACAUCUGUUGCCGCUGUUAAAGAUGCAGAGGAGGUGGGAGUGGGGGAAGGAGGUCUGUUGACUCUAUUUCUUUAUUUUAGAUUUACGGUCAUUUUGCUCUGAUCCCAGAUGGAGCUGAGCAUGAUCUGCAAUGGGAAAGUAUGAUCUGAACUUUGUGGUGUAAUAUUAAAUUAAUCUGUAGAGGUUAUUGUCA